AUGCAUGAAUUGGAUAAUGAUUCAUGUAGCAAUCUUAUAAUGGCGAAAGGAAUUUUGAUGCACUAUUGGGGGCUUAUUUCCAAUCGUAUCGUGGAGGUGCCGACGCAAAUUUCCGACCUCUGUUGGGAACGUCGUCCGUACCACGUGGUCAUUAGGUUACAAUGUUGCUACUUUAACAGAGUCCUGAAUCUUCAGAGAUCACAGACCUUCACAGAUGGGUGGUGA